AUGUUGAGCAUGAAUCUGUCGGGGGGCACGGUCUCGGUGGGGGUGAACCUGACGGAGGCCGAGAAGGAGGAGGUGGAGGGUUACAUCCUGGACCGCGCAGUGUGGAACGCGCUCCCGCCCAAGGUCAAGGGCAUGUUCGGCAACUCGAUCGAAGCGUGGAAGGAAUACGUGGUGCUCUACUCCAUCGAGCACCAGCUGCGGUGGCGCGACCACCUCGUGCGUAGCGUCAUGCCCAGCGAGAAGAACUACUUCGACGAACUCAUGGCCUGGAGCCGCACCCACCUCAUGCUGUACCCGUACCAUCUGUCGGACGUGAUGGUGAAGGGUCUGCGCAUCACGCCCUUCAAAUACUACCUGAACAUGAUGCACGACGUCAUGAAAGAAGAACGAUCCUAUGACCGGCUGCCCAACUUCACCGCAUCCGACUGUGUUCGCCUGCUGGGCAUUGGGCGCAACCAAUACAUAGACACCAUGAACACCUCGUGGCUCUGGAGGCGAAAGCGUGGAGCGCUGUUCGAACUGCUGCCCUCGCAACCGGUGCCCAUUGAAAUCGCGCACUGGUGGAAGAUCAACAUCGGCUACGUCUCCGAGGACGAUAUUCGCAAUGCGACGAAGAUGGAGCAUGCAGUGAUCGACAUGCUCAUCGACGUGGGCACGCGUAAGGCCGGCGAAGUGGACAAAGCGACCGUUCACAGCCUCUACACGAAGGGCCUCAUCUAUAUCGAUGUGCCGGUCUACGACGAAGACUACAUCAUCAUUCCGCCGUUGGAAGGGUUUGUCAUGAAUCGAGUGAUCGGCGACUACUUUGAGAACCUGCUCUACAAGCUCUUCGUUUCGGUCGACGAGCGAACCAAUGUGGAGCAGCUCGCGCACAUCCUGCAAAUGGACGUCCAGAUGAUCAAACAAGCCCUCUCGCUGUAUCUGCGGCUCGGGUUCGCCAAGAAGAAGAACUUCGAGGAGCUCGCCCAGCCAACGCUGGACGAUGGCUCGGGGAAGCUCAAGACGCGGUGGCAUCCGUCUUGGCUGGCGAUGGCGGGUCCGACGUCGCCGGGAGUGAAGAGGCCUGCGAAGGAGGUCACGCUCACGUUCACCCAGAAGGACGGCGAGGGCUCCGCGUCGUACUAUCCGUCGUUCUUCUCCGAGCCCACCGCUUCCUCGGAGGAUAUCAGCACCGUCGUCGCCACACCCCUGUCCAAACCCGACAGCGUUCCCACGGUGGAGCAUUCAAAGCGAAUUGCCUUCCUGUUCGAUUCGACGAUUACGGCCUACCUAAUGAUGGGCAACCUCGGCGCCGGACUCAAGACGCACGCUGUGACCAUGUUCGAGCGAGGCAAGCUUUCGGACGAGUUCCUCGACAGUCUGCUGGAGGAGCUGCAGCUGGUGAAGCCCAAAGCCGAAGGCGAGGCGCAGCGUUAUGUGGACCACGCCAUCUGCCUGAAGAACACCAUUCAAGCCCUUCGAUACAACAAGAAAGUGCUCGACCUACCCGAUUGCGACGGAGGCAUUGAUCUCAUUCGCUGCGAGCGUAUCAACACCCUCGACGAAGCCACCCGACUACGACUGUUGGAGAAGAACUAUGCCGUUCUCAUCUCCAUGGCGCCCAUCUCCACCGAGACCGAGGAAAUGACCCGAGUCGUGCCCCGGCACUUCGGCCCGCCUCUUCCCGAGUUCAACUCGAUGUGGUGGAAGCUGUUCGUGUAUAACGAGAUCGGAGCUGGUCCUCCCACCAUACUGUACCCGCGCGGCGCACGUGUCACGCAGCUGCCCACUGCUAUUCUGCCCUAUGAUCGGGUUACGUUCACGGCAGGAUUGCACGAACCCGCGGUGUUGCCCACGGCCAAUCUGCUGCCGGUGCUCAACGAGGCGCUCACGUCGUCCUCGGUCUGGAUCCAAGCCUUCGCCUACGCCCACAAGUCCACCGUGGUCCACGUCCCCUUUCCCGUCCGACCUCCGCCCGAGGGCUACAUCGCCCACACCGAACGUUCUAAUCGGCUGCGUCCCGCUGGAUCGCACACUCCAGUGACCGAGUACGACCAAGACAACCUUGAGUACCACCCAUUCGUGCAGCAGUUGCAAGAGAAGCUCAACUUGCAGUACGGCUUCGGUUACAUCACGAUGAGCAGCCCACACGCCCUAAACCUGCCGGUGGCCCGACGACUCUCCGGCGAAGGUGAACCUGUCGAGGACGACGAAGAUGAAGAUGAAGAUGAAGACGACGGCUACGGCGACACUGGGCUCGGCAGUCGCAAGAGCGCGGUGCUGGAGCACAAGCGAACGCCUGAGUCAGAUGAGUGGACGGUCGUGGAGGUGACCUUCGGCAUGCCGCUGUUCGACCCGCAGCUGAACAAGGCCGUGUGCGAGCGCAUCGAAUCGUUCCGGCUCUUCUCGGAGGACAACCUGGCCCAGUACACCAAGCACAGCCAGUACCUCUCCAACGCGCUCCUUGACUUCAUCGAGGCCCACCAGGCCCCGCACUACAAGUACGAGGUCGAGCCGGGCCAGGUGCCGCCACCCACCAAGACCCUCACCUUCGCCGGCAACGCAGCCUUCCACCACCCACACAAGUCGUGA